UUUUUUUUUUUUUUUUUUUUUUUUUUUUUCUUCCCUCCCUUCCUCCUUCCCCUCCUUCCUCCCCCUCUUCCCUCCCCUUCCCUUUGCGCGGCGAGAGCCAGAGAAAACUCCCGUGCAAAGCCCGGUCGCCGCCGCACAGCCGGUGCGCUCCCGGAGCGGAAAGUUGCGGCACGCUCCGGCGCUCCGCUACCGCGGGGAGAAGGCUCAGGACUUACAAAACCCACCCGGAGGCGCGGGCUUAGACCUUCUGCACCGUUCUUCUCGCUUCCCGCACGGCCCCGAAGGCAGCAUCUUUGUUUUGUUUUGCUUUUGCCCUCCUGCCGCUGCUCCUUUCUCCUCUCCGUGGGCGUCUGAGUGCCCGGAGCCGCCGGCGGUGCGCUGCCAGCGCUGAUACCCAAAGCCGGGAGGCGUCGGGCGGCCCCGGGAGCCGGCUCGUCCCUGGCUUUGUUGCUGCGGUCCGAAGAAGCCCCAGAAGCCGGGAGAAGGAGGAGGCGGCGGUGGUGGAGGGGGGAGCAGAGGAAAGGAAGCGAGAGGCGAAGCGGAGGCAAAGUUUCUUUGGAAUAGGGAGCGCGGCCAGCCCUCUGCCAGGCUGCGCGCUGGGGCCAGGUCUCCAGCCCCCUCCGCCCGGAGAGGAGCCCGCAAGACAGCGAUGGCCGGAGAGCUGAGCAUCGGAGCCGAGCUGCCCACCAGCCCCCUGGCCAUGGAGUACGUCAACGAUUUCGACCUGAUGAAGUUCGACGUGAAGAAGGAGCCUCUGGGCAGGAACGACCGCUCGGGCAGGCACUGCACCCGCCUGCAGCCCGCCGGCUCCGUGUCCUCCACCCCCAUCAGCACCCCCUGCAGCUCCGUGCCCUCCUCGCCCAGCUUCAGCCCCACCGAACAGAAGACCCACUUGGAGGACCUGUACUGGAUGGCCAACAGCUACCAGCAGAUGAACCCCGAGGCGCUGAACCUCACCCCUGAGGAUGCCGUCGAAGCCCUCAUCGGCUCCCACCAAGUGUCCCAGCAGCUGCAAGGCUUCGAGAGCUUCCGGGCCCAUCACCACCACCAUCACCACCACCACCAGCACCACCACCAGUACCCCGCCGUCACCCACGAAGACCUGGCAGGCAGCGGGCACCCUCACCACCACCACCACCACCACCAUCAGGCCUCUCCCACCCCUUCCACCUCGUCCAGCUCCUCGCAGCAGCUCCAGACCUCGCACCAGCAGCAUCCCCCCUCCAGCAGCGUGGAGGACCGGUUCUCGGAUGACCAGCUGGUCUCCAUGUCUGUGAGGGAGCUCAACAGGCACCUCCGAGGCUUCACCAAAGAUGAGGUGAUCCGCCUCAAGCAGAAGAGGAGGACCUUGAAGAACAGGGGCUACGCUCAGUCCUGCAGGUAUAAACGCGUCCAGCAGAAGCACCACCUGGAGAACGAAAAGACCCAGCUCAUUCAGCAGGUGGAACAGCUCAAGCAAGAAGUGACCCGGCUGGCCAGAGAGCGAGACGCCUACAAGCUCAAGUGUGAGAAACUUGCCAGCAAUGGCUUCAGAGAGGCCGGCUCCACCAGUGACAACCCGUCUUCCCCCGAGUUCUUCAUGUGAGUGCUUAAUAAAAGUAAUUAAAAAAAAAAAAAACCCAACAAAAAAAAAAAGAACCCAAGAAAAAGAACCCCACCCGACCCCUGACCCCCAUCACCUCCCCCCCCCCCCCCCACCCCGCUCCCAUCCUCCUCUGACAUCUUCAUCCAUCUGUCUGCUUGACUAGAGGGAAAGAAGGAGAGAAACAUAGAGACUUGAUUUUCUUUUUUGCAGCAUCCAGUCUUCUAGAUUAGCUGUGGGAAAAGUAGGCUGGGGGUGGGGACGGGAGAGGUAAAGUGCAACUUUUCGACUUUGGUUUGCGAGUUAGAGAGAGGGACGGAGGCGCGGGAGAAAAGGACAAGUGAAGCGUUUUAUAGAUCGCUUGCUUGCAGAACGAGAUGGACUUUAAGAGAAUAAUGACAGAAAAGGACAAUGAACGAGCCAUCUAUAACACACUGCCUGCUUGGGAGGAGAGAGGACACAGACAGCACCAUCUCAUGCACAAUUUACCCACUUGGAGGAAAAAAAAAAGAGAGAAUAAUAAAAAAAAGGACAAUAUAUGCAAACUCUUCAUAUAUUGCCUGCUUUGAGAAAAAAGUUACAGGACUCAGACGGGACAUUCAAUCUAAGAAAGGAAAGAAAGAAAGGAGGAAAAAAAAAAACUCAUCAGUUUUAUUGCCUGCUUGAUUAUAUAGAAAAAUACGAAAAUCUGCAUUAAAAAUAUUAAUCCUGCAUGCUGGACAUGUAUGGUAAUAAUUUCUAUUUUGUACCAUUUUCUUGUUUAACUUUAGCAUGUUGAUCAUCGAUCAUAGAUUUCUGUUGUUUUGUUUCAUCGGUAAGGAAAGCAUCACGAGUUAUCCCAAGUUUUUACUGCUUGUGCAGUUUUGUUCGUUGGUUUUUGCUCUCUUAUUUUCUUUUAUGGUCGUCGGCUUGUAAAUAUCUGCUACUUCAAACCGCACAGGAAAAGAAAACAGAACAUAAAGCAAAGUAACAUUUCAGCAGGCUGGUUGUACGGUUUGGUUGGUAUUAAAGAGAUACUUAAGGAAAAAAAAAAAAAAAAAAAGAAGUUAUGGGCAUUUUGCAUACAGAAAAAGAGAGGGGGAAAAAAAAAAGCAACUUUGUAUAUCUGGUGCACUUUUAAGUUGUGUGUUUUUUGGUGUUUUUGUUUUGUUUUGUUUUAGUUUUCAUUUUGGUUGUUGUUUGUUGGGGCAGAAGAAAGGAAAAAUAACAAAACGCGAAACCAAACGCUUGGAUGGCAUUGACAAACCCAGACUGAAUGGUGAAAGGAGGGGGGGGGGAGGGGGGGGAGAAGGGGCUCUGCGCGGUCACUGCGCGCCCCGAGGCGGCUCCGCUCCGCUCCGCUCCGCACCGCGCACUCAGGCCGGCCCGGCCCGCUGUUCCCGGCAGGAGGAGCCGCGAUGCUCUCCGCGCUGCGGGCGCUCCCUGGCGCUGUCAAGCUGGGUUUCCCAACGGUUGGAACGGUGACGCUUCCUCCGAGGAGGCGACACCGCCGCUUUGAAGCGUAUUCUUUUGUAAUCUGCUUCCCCGCUUCCCUAUGCAGCGAGUGAAAGUUUUAGCCGAAGUUAAUUUGCAGUUUGUAUAGUAGCGGUAGUUUGGAGUCUUAUGGGUGUUUUUAUUACUUUUUAUUUUUUGUUUUGUUUUGUUUUGUUUUCCUCCUGCAGGUCAGUAAAAGGAUUUACGUUGCACUGACAAAAAUACCAAAAUGAAAACUUAUUUUUUAGUUUCCUUUUAGGAUAGCUGGCACUGCUGGCCGGAUGCAUUUUAAGUUUGUAUUAGUUUAUAAAUUAACAGUAAUAACAAGAUUGUAAUGAACAGCAUGGUGCUUGCAGUUUUAAAUAUUGUGGAUAUUAGUCAUGCAUCAGAAAACGAUCUUUGGUUUUUACUGAUUCAACUGUGUUGAAAUCAAAACAUUGCAGCAGCGGAAAAAAAAAUAAUUGUUUUUAUUUCAUGUAAAGUUCUGAAGGGAUCAAUUUCAAAUCCUGCUUAUGAUAUGAAAAAUAUUAAAAAAAAAACCUGGUCUAUUGUAGUUUUAUUCAGACUGGUUUCUGUUUUUUGGUUAUUAAAAUUGUUUCCUAUUUUGCUUAUUAAAAUCAUUGAAAUGGCA